GACUGAUGGUUGCAGUUGUUGAUACAGGGCUGUCAGGUCAUGCUGGGAUUUGUAGUUUUGAAGCAGAUGAUGAACUGAAACAGACUAGAAAUCAAUGACACGAACUUGCCCGCCGCGCGCUAUAACCCUGAUCACGUGACCAACCGUCAGGACCCGGUAACCCCUGCAGUCCCGCCUGCUAGUAGUGACGCGGUUUCCUGUCCGGCCUCUUCCCCCGGUGUCAGUGUGAGCGGAGCAUGGAGGGACUGGUUGGGCGCUAUGAGCAGAGGCUGCUGCAGCAGGAAGCAGAGAUUAAAUCUCUCACUGCUGAGAUUGAAGCCCUAAGAAACUUUGCUUUUGUUGGUGACUCGCCAAGCUUAGACGGACUAAGGGACGAGAACUCCAAGCUCAAGUAUCGACUGAACAUCCUGCGCAAGAGUCUUCAGGAAGAGGAAGACAAAUCAGUCAACAGAAUGAUUAACAUCAAUGUUCAGCUCCAAGAAAUAUUUGGAAGGGCUAUAAGGGCAUCAUAUCCUGAACUGGUAAAUGCUCCAUUGGCCGUCACUCCAAGUCAGCAGCCUAAAUUUGGUGACUACCAGUGCAACAGCGCAAUGGCAAUUACCCAGAUGCUUAAGGCAAGAGGUGAAAAAGUGAGCCCAACUGAAAUUGCUAAUAAAAUUGUUAAAAACCUUCCAGAAAACAACCUGAUUGAAAAAACAGAAAUUGCCGGUCCAGGUUUUAUUAAUGUGCACUUACAGAAGAGUUUCAUAUCAAAACAGUUGACAAAGUUGCUGGUGAAUGGUGUUCAACCUCCUGUGAUUGGAGAAAAGAAAAAGGUUGUAGUUGAUUUCUCAUCUCCAAAUAUUGCCAAAGAAAUGCACGUGGGUCAUUUGCGCUCUACCAUUAUAGGUGACAGCGUAUGCCGGUUAUUUGAGUUUGUUGGACACGAUGUACUCAGGAUAAAUCACUUAGGAGAUUGGGGCACUCAGUUUGGCAUGUUGAUCGCUCACCUGCAAGAUAAAUUCCCAAACUACCUCUCAGUCUCCCCACCUAUCGGUGAUCUCCAGUCAUUUUACAAGGAAUCCAAAAAGAGGUUUGAUGAAGAAGAGGACUUUAAAAAAAGGGCAUAUCAGUGUGUAGUGCAGCUGCAAAGCAAGAGACCUGAUAUCCUCAAAGCCUGGAACCUGAUCUGUGAUGUAUCCAGGAAAGAAUUUCAGAAAAUUUAUGAUUGUCUGGAUAUUCGCAUCAUUGAUAGAGGGGAAUCUUACUACCAAGACAAAAUGAUCAACGUGGUGAAAGAAUAUGAAGAAAAAGGUCUUGUUGAAGUGGAUGAAGGAAGAAAAGUUGUAUUUCCUCCUGGUUGCUCAAUACCUCUCACUAUAGUGAAAUCCGAUGGAGGGUUCACCUACGAUACCUCAGACCUGGCUGCUAUAAAGCAGAGAUUAUUUGAAGAGAAGGCAGAUAUUCUCAUCUAUGUUGUGGACAGUGGACAGGGUAUUCACUUGCAGAAUGUGUUUUCAGCUGCUCAGAUGAUCGGUUGGUAUGAUCCAAAAGUUACCAGAGUAGAACAUGCUGGAUUUGGGGUUGUUCUUGGAGAAGACAAGAAAAAAUUUAAGACCCGGUCAGGUGACACUGUUAGAUUAGUUGAUUUGUUGGAAGAAGGACUGAAACGCUCUAUGGACAAACUGAAGGACAAAGAGAGAGAUAAGGUACUGACUCCUGAGGAGUUGGAUGCUGCACAAAAAGCUGUUGCCUUUGGAUGCAUCAAGUAUGCAGACUUGUCCCACAACAGGAUGAAUGACUAUAUCUUCUCAUUUGACAAAAUGUUGGAUGAUCGAGGGAACACAGCUGCCUAUCUGCUUUAUGCUUUUACCAGGAUAAGGUCCAUUGCAAGGUUGGCAAAUAUCAGUGAUGAACAACUGCGAAAAACAUCUCGGGAAACAGAGAUAAGUUUACAGCAUGAGAAGGAGUGGAAACUUGGCAAAUGCAUCCUCCGUUUCCCUGAGAUUUUGCAGAAGAUCUUGGACGACCUCUUGUUACACACACUGUGUGAUUACCUUUAUGAAUUGGCUACCACCUUUACAGAGUUCUAUGAUAACUGCUACUGCGUGGAAAAGGACAGACAAACAGGUCAAGUGAUCAAGGUGAACAUGGGCAGAAUGCUGCUGUGUGAUGCUACUGCCUCUGUUAUGGCUAAAGGAUUCGAUAUUCUGGGAAUCAAACCUGUACAGAGGAUGUAACAUUUUAAUUGAUAUUCUGUUUUCAAAUCUUUCAGAAAUUGCUUUUACUUUUUCUAAAAUAAAAGAAACUGGAGAAUGCAAUAA